AUGCUUCACCGAUCAAAGGAUGAACCUUUUUAUGAGUCAGGGGAUCCAAACGCUGAGUCUACCGAUAUCCUGCGAAGACCUCGGGCUCAAGCAUUGGAAGUCAUCCCAGAUUCAUCUUCCAAGGCUGCUAUAGAUCGCGCCUCUCGAUGGCUCUCCCAUUGUCUUGAGCACGAUGAGGCAUGUGAAUUACCAAACACAGAGUUUAUGCCCAAACUACUUAUAGAUGUCGGUUCUGAGGAUGACGCUAUAAAACCAUUCCUCUAUAAACCCACUGAAGUGACACCAUACACAUGCCUAAGCUACUGCGGGGGAUCCGAUACCGAAGAUGUUUUGUGGACAACCGCAGAGAAUUUGGAAGCGCACUAUGAGUCGAUUCCAUGGUCCAAGGUACCUCUUGGUAUAAGAGACGCCAUUAUAGUCUGCCGCGGUCUCAAGAUUCGCAGCUUGUGGGUAGACUCUUUGUGUAUCAUCCACGACGAUUCCGUGGCUUGGCGCAGUGAUGCGGCAGAAAUAAACCGCAUUUAUCUAUAUUCUCGGCUUUCAAUCGCAGCUCUUGAACCGGCGACAUGCAAGUCACGAUUUUUGGGACCCCAGAAGUUUGCGCACCCUGCCUGGCAGAGUUGCUUUACGGCUGACACUCCACUUAACCCGAAGGAGCCACCUCUUGAGGUUUUUGUGAGACCAUGCCUUGCGGAAAAUGCUGAGUACAAGGAGGACUUGUCAAGAAGCUCUCUCGAUAAACGAGGAUGGUCUCUUCAGGAAAGUCUAAUACCGACCCGUCGGUUGUGCUUCAAUGGCAACGAGAUGAUUUGGCAGUGUCUGUGUCGAACAAUAUGUGAGUGCGGUCACAUAUUGUGGAAGCCUCAAUCCUCUGGGUUUGGGCGUUUAGGGACGCAUCUCAAGUCGAAGCGCUUGAAAGCAGACGUAGUGCUCUCCGACCCACAGCCAGCAUGGCAGAGCUGGCAUCAGUCGGACAGAUAUGACUAUCGUCGAAGCGGCCCCGGGUAUCCCAAAAAUCCAUAUAAAAGAUGGAGAGACAUUGUAGUGGAAUACACAAAGCGCGGUCUUAUCCUCCGAAAAGAUAAGUUGAAUGCUGUCUCAGGGCUGGCUAUGCUAGCUCGUGAAAGUCUUCCAGAGAACCCGCAAGAUCAAGGAUAUGGACACCCUGAAGAGUAUCUGGCGGGCCUUUGGAGAGGAGAAUUCCAUUUCGACCUUGCAUGGAUGGUAAAAUCACCCGUUGCGGAGCAGGGCAUAGCGGAGAGAUCGAGCAUCCCAAGUUGGUCAUGGGCGUCCGUUAACGCGCCUGUGACGUACAAAUUCGACGACCCGGUAGAAACAUGGAAGCAUACCCCUUAUCUUAUAGAACGCGUCAAGGUGGAAAGUGUUACAUGCAUGAGGGAAGUUACAAACGAGGAAACAAGUAAUGUUAUAAGUGGCGAGGCCAUCUUGACAGGUCUUAUAUCUCAUGUGAAGCUGGCUGUGAUGCUUGACUCAGGCGGAAUGGCGAAAGCAUAUGUGAGAUCUGCAAAUUUACGCUCCUAUAAGGUGAAACUGGACCGACCGAGAAGCUUGACAAUCCUCUCUGGAGAGCGGCAGAGUGACUGCUGGAUGAAAGGUACCUGCCAGCACGGAGAUGACUGCUGUAAAUGGACGAUGGAAGAACAUGAUGAGAAGCUUAUUUGCAUUGUGCUGUUUACAUGGACUGCCCCCGUCAACAAGAACGAUUACUAUGGUAACCCGAGGCCAAAUAUGGGACCGGAACCCUGGUUUUUGGUGCUGAAGCCGUCUACUUCGGUUGACGGCGCAUUUGAGAGGAUAGGUAUUGGACAUCAUGCCCACUGGGACAUCGAGAAAUGUAAGCUCUUUGAGGAUGAAGAGCUUGCUACAGUGAAAAUAGUUUAG